UAUCAAAGUGUCUUAAAAGCUAUCAAAUUUGUAGAUAAGUCGGUGUCAAGAGUGUUUUUUGAAUUACUUGAAUUGCUCAAUUCAAUUUAUGAGUACUCGAGGACUUUUUAAUCCUUCAUUUCUCUAUAUUUAUCGCUUCUUUGUAAAUUUCUAUUCAGCAUUCAUUUCUGACAGAGAUAAUCUAAUAUGGAUUUGUUAUGACAUUGAUAGGAAAAACAUGAUAAAACAAUUCUACCGCUUCAAUAUAAGAUGAUUUUGCUGAGAUAGUCAAAUGUCAUCUCUAAUUUCAACCAUGUUUAUUUCAUCUGCAUCGACUCAGCUUUGCAUGCAGAUAUCCUUGGGUGCCCAAGUAGCAGGAGGUACUCUCCAAUUCUUUGUUUCUCUGUUUCUCUAUUCUCUGUGAAUACAUCUCCAGUCUAGCAUUCAUUGAUUGAGUGGAUGUUUACGAAAAAACUGAUUUUUGUUCUUAAAGUGGAAUAGGUAAAACUGUUUUCCAUUCCUUCAAAUGCAUCUUUUUUGCUUUGUUUUUACAACCUUUUUUUCCUGCCUUUUUUAUCCAUGUGUUUAAAGGAAAGGAGAAGAUAUAUUGAAUGAGUGUAUGUGACAAAGAAAGGAGAAGAUAUAUUCAAUGAGUGUAUGUGACAAAGUAGCCAUACUUUUCGCUCGUGUGAAGCAUUUUUAUCUUUGUCGCUAAAAAGAAUCAUAAUCGGUCUACAGCCUCUCUCCAUCAAUCUCUCCUAUGUAUGUGACGGGCAUAUCAUUACAAAUUUGAGUGUCGGAUUCAAUCAUUCAAUGGUAAUUCAUAUUGUUAUUAUUUCCUCACAUUAAUUAUUUAUGAUUUACCAUCGCUGUGUUUUUAAAAUAUUACAUCAUCGAACUCUGAUGCACUUUUAAUUUUGAACUUUCUUUACUUUUCAGCUUUGAACGUAACUGAAACACAUUACUCGAGGCAGAACAGGUAAUGCAUAUAUUUGAAUUAAGAAAUGAAAGUCCAGAGUCCUGCAUUUUACAGUCUAUAGAAGGAUCUGAACUGUGACGACGAUCAGCGCGAACAUCACUUCCGAUUUCCGAAGGAGCUGGACUUUCAGCGACAACCUCACCCACGAACAAAGGAGGACGCUGGUGCCGGUCAUCGAAGACAAACUCAGCCCUGACAUCAAAGGUAACCCCAGCCUUCUACGCUCAUAUUUACUAGCUAGCUAGCUAGAUAUGUUACGCAUAAUCAUAUCGUAGAGAAGUAUAGCCGUGGGAGGGGCCUUGGUAGAGCUAUGAGAUCACGUACCUUAUAAUAGUAGGAAAAUUGAAGGAAAAUAAAAUGAUAAACCUGCAUUUCCGUACGUCUCAAGUAGGCCAAAUUACCAAAUUGAUAAAAAAAAAAAAAAAAAAAAAAAGAGGGUUGUUGGUAAUUUGGUAAUUAAUUUGGCCUACUGGAGACGUACGGAAGUGCAGGUUUAUCAUUUUAUUUUGGGAAAAGGUACAUAUAUACCUCUAUAGUAUAGGUGCAUGAACAAAUAUACCCUUGUUCUAUUUUUCGGAACAAAUAUACCCCUGAACUUUGAAAAAGGUGAAAAAAUAUCUCUCAUGUUCUUAUAAAUUACCAAAUUAAUUCUUAUUGACUUUAAAUUAAUAAAAUUAAUUUCAAAAAACACCAAUAAAUUAAAAAUUCGAAAUUAAAAUAUAAAAAAAUUAAAAAAUGUAAUUGUGUCCAAUUCUCCCUUUUCGUUUUUGUAUCACAAUUAAAUAUUUUUAGUAUAUAAAUUCACUAUUUUGUAAUUUUUGGGCUAUUUAUCAUCAUACAAAAUAUGUAAUUUUAUAGUGCAAAAAAUGCAAAAAUAAUUUUUUUACAUUGCAACACAUAUGUUAGCACAUUUUCGAAAGAAUAUUAAAUAUAUAGUAAAAUUUUGAAAUAAUAUUUUAUACUAGUACUAAAAAUAUUUAAUUUUUAUUUUUUUUUUUAUAUUUUAAUUUCGAAUUUUUAAUUUUUUUGGUCUUUUUGGAAAUUACUUUAAAGUUAAUAAGGAUUAAUUUGAUCCUUUAUAAAAACAUAAGGGAUAUUUUUUCACUUUUUUCAAAGUUCAGGGGUAUAUUUGUUCUGAAAAAUAGAACAGGAGUAUAUUUGUUCCUGCACCUAUACUAUAGGGGUAUAUAUAUAUAUGUACCUUUUCUCUUUUAUUUUCCUUCAAUUUUCCUACUAUUAUAAGGUACGUGAUCUCAUAGCAGCUCUACCCAACCCCUCCCACGGCUAUCCUUCUCUACGAUAUGAUUAUGCGUAACAUAUCUAGCUAGCUAGUAAAUAUGAGCGUAGAAGAUCGGAGGUUACCUUUGAUGUCAGGGCUCAGUUUGUCUCUGGUGACCGGUGCCGGCAUCCUGCUUUGUUCGUGGAAGUGAUGUUCGUGCUGAUCGCCGCUGCAGUUCGGAUCCUUCUAUAGGUUGUAGAAUGCAAGACUCUGAACUUUCAUCUAAUUCAAAUACAUGCACAGAACGAAAGUCAAGGGAGUCAAAGAACUUACGAAUGAGCUCCAAUGGAGUUCUACCUUUUGUGAAUCGACCGAUGAGGGUGAAAUGGAGAUGUUCCGUGAGAAUGGACGUACGGGCGAUGGAAUCUUGAUGGCGAUACAGCCCUUGUGUCGCCCAAAUUGGAGCUUCAUGUGUUCAUCAAUGGUUGGCCGAGCCUUAGGGGUAGCAACCAUUGCUGCGUAGGAUCUUCGUGGUGGCGGAUUGUCCCCCUGUGGAGGGGGAGCUGCCAUGGCGCCGCUGUCCUUUACUUCCGUCAAGAGUUAUUUUCUUCCGUUGGAGCCUCUCUCUCUAGAAGACCGUUGUUCAACAAAAAGAAAAGUAUAUAUGUUUAAUUUUCCUCACAGUUAUGCCCAUUCUCCAAACAGAUCUUGGAUUUUCUGGACCAAUGAUAACACUGUUUCUAUCAUUCACGAGGGUCCCCAAUCUUUGUCUAUGAUUAUUACUAACAUUGGGAAUCCAAUUCCUUUUUUGGUUUCAAUUGUUCAUGGCAGCAGUGAUAGAAUUCAAAGAAGACAACUUUGGGACGAGCUUAGGCUUCUCAUAUCUUCUAAUAGUAGUAGCCCUUGGAUUGUUGCUGGAGAUUUCAAAAUGCUAUUACUCACCUCAAUGAGUAUAGGGGUAACUCUAACCCUAACACUUAGUGGACUUUCAGUAACACUUAGAUUUCAGUAACUCUAUUACUGAAUUCAAUGAUUUCAUCAAUGCCAAUGCCUUAGUGGACAUUCAUAUUUAAUACUACUUCCAUUUUUUUAGUUGCAACUUGCAACAUUGAUGAAUUUUAUACUCCAUUCGCAUACUCUACUUAGAC